AUGGCAGGAAACAAUUUCAUGUCAGCACCACCAAUGUUUACAGGUGAAAAUUAUCAGAUUUGGGCAGUGAAGAUGGAGUCAUACUUGCAGGCAAGUGAUUUAUGGGAUGUGGUAACAACUGAAAUACCAACAUUACCUGAGGAUCCAACCAUUGCCCAAAUCACAGAAAAUAAGUCAGCAACAAGAAAAGGGUAUAAGGCCAAGACCUGUAUUCACUCAGCCGUAUCAGAAAUGAUUUUUACAAAGAUCAUGACUUGUGAAACAGCAAAACAAGCAUGGGAUCUUCUCAAGGAGGAGUACCGGGGUAAUCAGAGGACAAAGCGGAUGCAAAUUCUGAAUCUCAAGAGAGAAUUUGAGAUGAAAAAAAUGAAGGAAGCUGAGAGCUUCAAGGAAUAUGUUGACAAACUGAUGGCCAUUGUCAACAAGAUCAGGAUGCUUGGUGAAGCACUUCCUGAUAGCAGAGUUGUUGAAAAGAUACUGGUAACACUUCUUGAAAUGUUUGAGGCUAAGAUUUCCUCUCUUGAGGAGUCAAGAGACCUGUCAACUAUUGCAUUAGGAGAGUUGAUCAAUGCGAUGCAAGCUCAGGAGCAGAGAAGAGCUUAUAGACAGGAGGAGGGAGUAGAAGGGGCUUUUCAGGCAAAGUACACAGCCACUAGUGAAAGCAAGGGAAAGAAGCUUUGGAAUAGAGGAGGAGAAGACAAUGUUGGCAAGGGCACACGAAAUCCUCCUAAAUUUCCUCAUUGCCAACACUGCAGCAAAACUAAUCAUCAUCCAACUAAAUGUUGGAAAAUUCUGGAAUGCAGAUCAUGCAAGAAAAAGAGGCACAUUGCUAAAUUCUGCAAGAACAAACAGCAAACCCAGGCACAGACUGUGCAACAACCUAAUGAAGAAUAA